AUGGCGGACCAGGAGUUUGAGAAGACGCAGGAGGCUGUCGCUGGAGGCAGCCCUGCCGUCAACGAGAAGAACACGGCAGAGGCGCACCCGGCCCCGCGAUCUUCGACCUCGACCGCCGCCGAUGUUUCGGAGAAUCAACGAGAGGAGGCCCGCCGCAACAACCCCGAUGGCUUUUCCGCAAUUCACACCGGUGUCUCGGUCCACCAGGCCGAGGCUGAAUUCGCCGAGCUGCAGCGCGAGCUGUCCGGCAUGUCGCGCGCAAGCAGGGUCAACAGCCGACGCAAGUCUGGCGACGUCGAGAAGGCCGUCACAAAUGUCAACUCUACCUCGCCCUCCUCAGACACCGAGGCCGAGCAGUUCGACCUCGAGGCCGUCCUGCGCGGUGGCGUCGAGGCCGAGCGCCAGGCCGGCAUCCGGCCGAAGCACAUUGGCGUCUACUGGGACGGGCUCACCGUCAAGGGCAUGGGCGGCACCACCAACUACGUCCAGACCUUCCCUGAUGCCUUUGUCAACUUCGUCGACUACGUUACUCCGGUCAUGAACCUGCUGGGACUGAACAAGAAGGGCGUCGAGGCCACUCUUUUGGAUCACUUCAAGGGUGUUUGCAAGCCCGGCGAGAUGGUCCUCGUCCUGGGCAAGCCCGGUUCCGGCUGCAGUACGUUCCUCAAGACCAUCGCCAACUGGCGUGGUGGGUACACCGACGUCUCGGGUGAGGUGCUUUACGGGCCCUUCACCGCCGACGAGUUCAAGCAGUACCGCGGCGAGGCUGUCUACAACCAGGAGGACGACAUCCACCACUCCACCCUCACCGUGGAGCAGACCCUCGGCUUCGCUCUCGACACAAAGGUCCCCGCGAAGCGCCCCGCCGGCCUGUCCAAGAACGACUUCAAGAAGCAGGUCAUCUCCACCCUCCUCAAGAUGUUCAACAUUGAGCACACCCGCAACACCGUCGUCGGCGACGCUUUCGUGCGCGGCGUCUCGGGCGGCGAGCGCAAGCGUGUCUCCAUCGCCGAGAUGAUGAUCAGCAACGCCUGUGUCCUCUCGUGGGACAACAGCACCCGCGGCCUGGACGCCAGUACGGCCCUCGACUUUGUCAAAUCCCUGCGCGUCCAGACGAACCUGUACCAGACCUCCACAUUUGUGUCCCUGUACCAGGCCUCAGAGAACAUCUACAACCUCUUCGACAAGGUCAUGGUCAUCGACGCGGGCAAGCAGGUCUACCUCGGCCCCGCCAAGGAGGCUCGAGCCUACUUCGAGGGCCUCGGUUUCGCACCCCGCCCCAGACAAACUACCCCUGACUACGUCACCGGCUGCACCGACGAGUUCGAGCGGGAGUACGCCGCCGGCCGCUCGGCAGAGAACGCGCCCCACAGCCCCGAAACCCUCGCCGAGGCCUUCAAGACGUCAAAGUACCAGAAGCAGCUCGACAGCGAGAUGGAGGAGUACAAGGCCCGCCUCGCGCAGGAGUCGGAGAAGCACGAGGACUUCCAGGUCGCCGUCCACGAGGCCAAGCGCGGCUCCUCCAAGAAGUCGGUCUAUGCCGUCGGCUUCCAUCUGCAGGUCUGGGCCCUGAUGAAGCGCCAGUUCGUCCUCAAACUGCAGGACCGUCUCUCCCUGUUCCUCUCCUGGCUCCGCUCCAUCGUCAUCGCCAUCGUCCUCGGCACCCUGUUCUUCCGUCUCGGCUCGACCUCAGCCAGUGCUUUCAGCAAGGGAGGUCUCAUGUUCAUCUCGCUUCUGUUCAACGCCUUCCAGGCCUUUUCCGAACUGGCCAGUACCAUGACCGGUCGCGCCAUCGUCAACAAGCACAAGGCCUACGCCUUCCACCGGCCGUCGGCGUUAUGGAUCGCCCAAAUCAUCGUCGAUCAGGCUUUUGCGGCGACCCAGAUUCUGGUAUUCUCCAUCAUCGUCUACUUCAUGUCGGGUCUCGUCCGCGAUGCCGGAGCCUUCUUCACAUUCUACCUAAUGAUUCUGUCCGGCAACAUCGCCAUGACGCUGUUCUUCCGCAUCAUUGGCUGCAUCAGUCCCGACUUUGACUACGCCAUCAAGUUCGCCGUCGUCCUUAUUACCUUCUUCGUCGUCACGUCCGGCUACCUCAUCCAGUACCAGUCCGAGCACAAGUGGCUCCGUUGGAUCUACUGGGUCAACGCGCUUGGUCUCGCCUUCAGCGCCAUGAUGGAGAACGAGUUCAGCCGUUUGAAGCUCAUCUGCUCCGACGAAUCGCUCAUCCCCUCGGGCCCCGGCUACGGCGAUAUCAACCACCAGGUAUGCACCCUUGCCGGCUCCGAGCCUGGCACGACCAUCGUCGACGGCUCAGCCUACAUCGCCGCCGGGUUCAGUUACUUCAAGGGCGACCUGUGGCGCAACUGGGGCAUCAUCUUCUCCCUCAUCGUCUUUUUCCUCAUCAUGAACGUGACUCUCGGAGAGCUCAUCAACUUUGGCAACAACGGCAACUCGGCCAAGGUCUACCAGAAGCCCAACGAGGAGCGCAAGAGGCUCAAUGAGGCCCUCAUCGAGAAGAGGGCGGGCAAACGCCGCGGCGACAAGCAGGAGGGAUCCGACCUGUCCAUAAAAUCGGAAGCCGUCCUCACGUGGGAGAACCUCAACUACGACGUCCCCGUGCCUGGCGGCACCCGCCGUCUGCUGAACAACGUUUAUGGGUACUGUCGCCCUGGCCAGCUCACGGCGCUCAUGGGCGCAUCCGGUGCUGGCAAGACUACGCUCCUCGACGUGCUCGCGGCCCGCAAGAACAUUGGCGUCAUCCACGGCGAUGUCCUCGUCGACGGCAUCAAGCCCGGUAAGCAGUUCCAGCGAAGCACCUCGUACGCCGAGCAGCUCGACCUGCACGACCCGACCCAGACGGUCCGCGAGGCCCUCCGUUUCUCUGCCCUCCUCCGCCAGCCCUACGAGACCCCGAUCGCCGAGCGUUACUCGUACGUCGAAGAGAUUAUCGCGCUGCUGGAGAUGGAGCACAUCGCCGACUGCAUCAUCGGUUCCCCCGAGUUCGGCCUGACGGUCGAGCAGCGCAAGCGCGUCACCAUCGGCGUCGAGCUGGCCGCCAAGCCCGAGCUCCUCCUGUUCCUCGACGAGCCUACCUCUGGUCUCGACAGUCAGAGCGCCUUCAACAUUGUGCGCUUCCUCAAGAAGCUGGCGGCCGCCGGCCAGGCCAUCCUCUGCACGAUCCAUCAGCCCAACGCCGCCCUCUUUGAGAACUUUGACCGCCUGCUGCUCCUCCAGCGGGGCGGACGCACCGUCUACUUUGGCGACAUUGGCCAGGACGCCGUUGUGCUGCGUGACUACCUCAAGGCCCACGGCGCCGUCGCCAGGCCCACGGAUAACGUGGCCGAGUACAUGCUCGAGGCCAUUGGUGCUGGGUCGGCGCCCCGCGUCGGCAACAAGGACUGGGCCGACAUCUGGGACGAGAGCGCCGAGCUCGCCAACGUCAAGGAGACGAUUAGCCGUCUCAAGGAGGAGCGCGUCGCGGCGGGCCGCACGACGAACCACGACCUCGAGAAGGAGUACGCCAGCCCGCAGUGGCACCAGCUCAAGGUGGUGGUGAAGCGCAUGAACCUCAGCUUCUGGCGCAGCCCCAACUACCUCUUCACACGCCUCUUCAACCACGUCGUCGUCGCCCUCAUCACGGGUCUCACGUACCUCAACCUCGACCAGAGCCGUAGCUCGCUGCAGUACAAGGUGUUUGUCAUGUUCCAGGUCACGGUCCUGCCGGCCCUCAUCAUCAGCCAGGUCGAGGUCAUGUUCCACGUCAAGCGCGCCCUCUUCUUCCGCGAGUCGUCGUCCAAGAUGUACAACCCGCUGACUUUUGCCGCCGCCAUCACCAUCGCCGAGCUGCCCUACUCCAUCAUGUGCUCCGUCGCCUUCUUCCUGCCGCUGUACUACAUGCCGGGCUUCCAGUCCGACUCGUCGCGCGCGGGCUACCAGUUUUUCAUGAUCCUCAUCACCGAGCUCUUCUCCGUGUCCCUCGGCCAGGCGCUCGCGUCGCUGACGCCGAGCCCCUUCAUCUCGUCGCAGUUCGACCCCUUCAUCAUGAUCACCUUCGCCCUCUUCUGUGGCGUCACGAUCCCCGCGCCCCAGAUGCCCGGCUUCUGGCGUGCCUGGCUAUACCAACUCGACCCCUUUACGCGCCUCAUCGGCGGCAUGGUCGUCACGGCGCUGCACGACCUCAAGGUGGCCUGCACCAAGGCUGAGUUCAACCCCUUCACGGCGCCGCCGGGCCAGACUUGUGGCGAGUACAUGCAGCCCUUUUUCGACAAUGGCGGCCCCGGCUACCUCGCCAGCAACGACACGUCGAGCUGCGAGUACUGCGCGUACAAGGUCGGCGACGAGUUCUACCAGCCCCUGGGCCUCGAGUUCAGCAACCGCUGGCGGGAUCUUGGCAUCUUUGCCGCCUUCGUCGGCAGCAACCUGAUCAUUCUCUUCAUGGCGAGCAAGUUCUUGAACUUUAACCGCAGAUAA